AUCUGACACUGACCACUAUAUUAACUCGAAUUGAAUGAAAAUGCUCAGUGCCGACUGUUUUUGACCUUUCUGAGUUCGGACUCUUCCGCAUUCUCAACUCCAUCGGCAUGUGUGUAAGAGACCCCAGCGACAAUCACCAUCUGUCUCCUCUCUCUCUCUAUCUCCCUCUCCACACUUUCUACUCUCUCGCUCGCUCUCCUGUGGGGAUUACAGUUUUUUGAUAAUGCUCCAUACGAUGUCUCCCAGAUGAAGCUAUUGAAGAAUUAAGAAUAACCCACUCUCCGGCAGAAGUUAGAUCGCGCUUCCAUUAAUUCGGGUGGGUGCACAACGUUUGGAUUACACGAGAUGAUGAUUGUGAGAAGGAGACUCGCUUGCUGUACCCGGGACAGGGGGAUUAGUUUUGACUUCGAUGAACAAGACAGAAUAAUGACGUAUAAUGGCCUGGAGAGUUGCAUUCUCAACAGGCAGUCUUAUGCAAAUGAAAGCCACACAAGCAGAGGGGAUGGAUGUCCUACGGACUCCCUAGAUGAAGAUGAUUCAAGCUGUUCUUCAAGCAAUAAUGCUUUCGGAUCAUCAUUCUCUUCUCAUUGGACCAUGAUGAAGAGGGAUGAUAAGGGACUGGAUGAAUGGGAGUUCUCAGAAAGCCCCAAACAUUUUCAUGUCAAAGAGAAAUCUUCUUAUUCGUUUGAGUUGUCAGAUGUGACAACAAUGAAAGAAAAAUUUGCGAGGCUGUUGUUAGGUGACGAUAUAACAGGAGGAUGCAAAGGCAUCUCAACUGCACUCUCAUUGUCCAAUGCCAUAACAAAUCUUGCAGCGACGGUGUUUGGUGAGCUGUGGAAAUUGGAGCCGUUGCCAGAGGAAAGGAAGAGCAAAUGGAGAAGAGAAAUGGACUGGUUGAUCUCCCCUACAAACUAUAUGGUUGAGUUGGUUCCUGCUAAGCAAAACAGUGCCAAUGGCCGGACCUUGGAGAUAAUGACACCAAAAGCUCGUGCAGACAUCCAUAUGAAUCUUCCAGCGCUUCAGAAGUUAGACUCCAUGCUUAUUGAGACACUGGAGUCCAUGGUUAACACCGAGUUUUGGUACGCGGAAGGAGGUAGCCGAGCGGAAGGAAGAAACAUGAGUUGUAGGCAGAGCAAGAGGUGGUGGCUUCCUUCUCCAUGUGUACCCACAGCCGGGCUCUCUGACGCUGAAAGGAAGAAACUGCUAAACCAGGCUAAACUGGUCCAACAAGUAUUUAAAGCUGCCAAAUCUAUAAAUGAAAAUGUCCUGCUUGAAAUGCCAAUUCCGAACAUCAUUAGGGAUGCACUUCCCAAGUCUGGAAAGGCAAGCCUUGGCGAACUACUUUACAAAAUUUUGAGUGCAGAAUCAACCUCAGCGGAGGAAAUGGUUAAUUCCCUCAAUUUGAAAUCUGAACACAGUGCACUCGAAGCUAUAAACAGGUUGGAAGUGGCAGCAUUUGCAUGGAAAGAGAAAAUUACAGAACAGAACAGUGGUAAAUCUCCAGUUCGAACUUCAUGGUCCUUCAUAAAAGAUUCAAUCUCUGAGCUGGAUAAGAUGGAGUUCUUGUUGGAUCGGGCUGAAGCUCUUCGACAACAGCUCAAAACCAGAUACCCAAACCUUCCUCAGACAUUUCUUGAUGUUACAAAGAUACAAUAUGGCAAGGAUGUUGGACACUCAAUACUGGAAGCAUAUUCUCGGGCUCUCGGAAAUCUGGCAUUCAGUAUACUUUCUAGAAUGGGAGAUAUACUGCAAGAAGAUGUUUUGAGCAAUCCCAGUUCCCCUGCUGCAGCGAGUUGCUUUCCUGGAGUAAAUCUCACUCGAAUCUCAGAUACUCCGGUGGCCAGUCGUGUGAGGCACUCCCUUAUCGAUCAGAUGAAUACCAUAAAUGGAGAGCAUUGUGACUCCAAUUCAGCCAAUGUUUCUGAUUCAGAAAAUCAACCCAAAACAAGUUCAGUGACUGCAACACCAAGUCGGAGUCGAUUACGGCGCAUCAGCAGAGAGGUUUGUAUCAGUUUGUCUCCUAAUAAAUCCCCUUGACAAAGAAGAGUAUAAUUUUGGACAGUUGUCUCUGUAAAUGAAAUCACAUUUAUGCUGUAAUGAGCAUUUUUUUUGUGUGAUUUGUCCCUACUCAAGGGUGAUUUUGGCCCAAGCAAUGUGUCGACUGUUUGACA